AAAUAAGUUAUACAUAUACUGAUAAAAACUAGAAAAAAGGAAGAGAAAAAAAAAAUUAAUGAGCAAAAUUUACUAGGUAAGUGUUGUUAACAGCCAAUAAUUAGUAAACAAACAUCGUAACAAUAUACACAAUUAUCUGGUAGUAGGUCAAAACAGAAUGAUGACCAUUCUCAUUCAUCUUGCUGCUCUGCAGCAUUAAGACCCAUGUAUGGAGCUUGAAGGUCGGUAGAAAGGAGCAAAAGCAACCUCUUUUCCAUUCGGUUCGGUUAUUGUUCUCUGCUAAUGGUUGCUGCAAGGUCAUCUUUAAUCUCGCAAACAUCAGAGAGGCUCCAUGCAUGCUGUCCAAUAGCCAUUAGGGACUUUGAGCUCAAUAUGAUGUUCACUGGAAUUUUAACGUCAGACAUAUGCAACAAAAUGGGAGAAUUUGAUGGAAAAGUAGAGAAAAUACAUACCAGGAAGAGCACUCAACAGGAUAAAUCAUUUGUUUGGUUGUUGGGAACUAUUCCUGCAGCUACUGCGACUGUUUUGGUCUUGACAUCAUAUGAUGAUAGGACAUUCCUCUGAACCAAAUAUGAAAGAUCAACUAGUCGAAUAUUGGGAACAAAUAAAAGUACUCAUUAUUUACUCAGGUUUCAUGCUCGACUACCUAUAUAUUACUAUUUAAAAAAAAAAAUCUAAAAUACCGGAUAGGUUUUCCUCCUGUUUUUAGGGAGAAACAAAAGUAGCUAUCUUGGUUCCAUGUAAUCCUUUCUAAAGAAUCAGUGAAACAAAACAAGUAAUCCAUAUGUUGAUAACAAGGUACAGCAACUUAUGGAACUUUUGUCUAUCAAAAAUAAAAGAAGCUAAUGGAA